AUGAGUCGCCACAAUGAUGACGCGGACUCCCAGGUCAUUUCAGCUUCUCCAUCCGGCAAAGACCACAACACUCACCCGAUGCAAGACCCCAUCUUCAAUCAAAUGACUUCAAAGGAACUUAUUAAUGCCGCCCUCAAAUUUCUCUCGACCUCUACCAAUGAGACCCUCCUUGCAGUCUUUGCGCUUCUUGCCCUCGUCACCUACAUUGUUCUGGGGAGAAUAGGUCUACUUCUAAUUGGGGUGGUUGUGGGGGUUGUCCUGCACGCGUCCUGGGAGGGAUCGAAUAACGAACAUGCAGAUGGAGCGUUGCAUGCACAAAAGCCUAACAGGCGAAGAGAACUUGCGCUGGAAGUCUCUAACAGGCUUUUGGACUGGCCGAAACGGGCUAAUGCUUCAGGCACCCAGAGGGAAGGCGAUGGUUCUAUAUGUAUGCCUGAAGAUAUGUCCUCGGCAGAACUGGAAUAUGCCACAUUUCAACCAGCCACCGCUGUCGCGUUGAGAACGCUCACCGAUGCGGUCAUUAAAGACUAUGUCAAAUACUGGUACGAGCCGCUUUUACCGUCCGAAUCGAGUUUUCCGGGCUCCUGUCGACGAAUUUUAACACAUUUCAUUACAUCGGUCUCUUCGCACCUCUCGCGGAAACGAACAGAGGACACGUUCUUGCAGUUUCUCACCAACUCGUCAUCUAUCGUCAUUGUAUUCUUGAAUGAACUUGCAGCAGCAUUCACUGCUGCGGGCUCCUCGGUAGAAGCCCAAAAAACUGUGGACCAAUAUCUUGAACAAUUUCCGGAUAGCAGCUUAGCGAAUGUUCUCUCUGAAAAACAACAAAAGAAGAAACUCAGCAUGGUUGCUGAUGAUAUAUUGUCGAAUUUCUUAGAUGUCAAGGCCUACAAUUGUCGAGCUGUACGGGACUUCCUCCGGGAGGUCUUUGCGGGUGUGAUAUUGGGGUCUAUUGUGACCAGUCUUUCCCGUCCUGAAUUUAUCAAUGAAUGGAUUAUCCAUCUCCUUCAGGACGGUGAAUCCGAAAUCAUGCACGCUAUCGACGCAGGCGUUGAAGGUGCACGGAACCAGGGCGUCAGUGCUCCCACGUCUGCAGAAGGCCCAAACGUAGACUCCAUCAAAGCUACACAGAGAGAGUCCGUGCAUGUGGCAAGAGCUACAGAGGAAGAAACAGCCCUAGAGGUGAAACGUCUGAGCGCUAUGAUUGCAUCUCAUGAUACGCAGAGCUCGGUGUCAAAAUUGCCACGCCAAAAUGAACAAAUUGAUGAAAUUCACCGUUCGGAGACUGGUUUGACUUCAAAUGCGACUCAUGAAAACGAAGACCACGAAGAUCAGGGACUAAUGCCCAGUAUGCAAUUACCUGUGAGCCCGAAAUUAUCCGAAGACUCUUCUGUGCUCCCUUUAAUUCUUCAUGGGGCACAAGUGUUGGUAGAUGAUGACGGGGCGAGAGAUGAAAAAGGCCAGAUCAAGUCGCGACCCAUGUGGGAUUAUCUCCUACAGGUCGAGCCAGCGUCAACACGUUCGACUGGGUGGAUGGUGUUUCGCAAAUAUUCGGACUUCCAGUCCCUUCACGAGAUGUUAGGGACUGUUUCGCGAUUGAAUCAGAUUUCAAGUUUCUCGGAGCGUCAUCCCACACUGCCUACCUGGAAGGGCAAAACACGACAAGCUCUCGCUCGGGACCUUGAGUGGUAUCUACAAGAUGCUAUGAAGCACGAGUCACUUGCCGACACUGAUCGAAUGCGCCGAUUUUUGGAAAAAGACGUUGAUUCUUCUACUGAACCCACUGGUCCUAACAAACUGGUAUUCCCUUUCCCUAGUCAAACUACGUUUGAAAAUAUGGGCAAGGGUAUGCUGGAUGCAUUGACCAAUGCGCCUAAGGGAGUGGCAGGGGGCAGUAAAGCUGUCUUUGAAGGAAUGACGGGGGUAUUUGGAGGUGCCGCCAAUGGCAAGAAACCGGCUAUUAUUGCUGAUCAGAUUCAGCCCAAGGUUGAUAACUCAUGUCGCCCCAGUUUGUCACAGGCACGACCCAGCUUUGGUGAUCGUACCAGCGUAAUCAACGAAAAUUUUAAUUCGCCUGUGACAUACCCUACCGGCUCCCUUGAAAUCCAAAGACGCGAAAUUUCCAGGUCAUCUUCAAUCGAUGGUACCAGGGACUCGUUUGGGAAUGAGCAAGGUGCAUGGACUACAGAGACCUCGCCCUCUGAAAUCUCUCUUGAUCUCAGCGAUCAUACUGCAGAACUUGACAUACAGGCAACGGAAACUAUUGAUCGAACCUCGUCGCAUCACCGAUCAGAGAAUGGGCAGAGUAUUGAUCAAGCCUGCAAACAGGGGAAUCCUAUCACAGCUGAUGAGACCCAAAUAGCAGUAGAGCUGAUCUUUGCGGUCAUCAAUGAGUUGUACACCUUGUCAUCUGCAUGGAACAUACGCCGGACCCUUUUGAAUGCUGCCAAAUCGUACAUCCUACGUCCCGGAAGUCCGACAUUGGAAACGAUUCGUACUCUGUUGCAAGAAUCCAUGAUAGAAGGCCAUACCUCAGAUAACGCCCUGGGGGAUUACCUGGUCAAGCUUCGUGAGAACGCACUUCCGACAGAGGAGGAACUUAAAUCCUGGCCCCCUCCACCUAGUGAGGAGGAGAAAAUCCGGCUACGGGAUACUGCGCGUAAACUAUUUGUGCAGCGAGGAAUCCCACAGGCCUUAACAAGUGUCAUGGGCGCGGCUGCUAGUCGAGAAGCGCUAGAGAAGAUCUUUGACAGUCUUCAGGUUGAAAGUGUCGCUCGGGGAUUUGUCUUCUCGAUUCUACUACAGGGCCUUAGGGUAUUGACUCUUUAG